AUGGUUGGUCCACCCUUCUCUGCACGUGUCAAUCUGUCCACCCUUCACAGGUCUGCCAGGCACAUCGGCUUCCCUGCAUCCCUGGGCCUCCUCGCCGCCCUGCCCCGCCCGCCCGCCGCUGAGUGGGUGUCGGGCUGGCUGUGCGCAGAGGGGCGCGGCUCGGCUCUCCCACCUCCCCCGCGUCCCUAUCUCAGCAAUGACCCGGGCCACGCCGCCGCCGAUCUGAAACCCGGGAGUCGCGCCGCCGCCCAGGAGGACUCAAGAGACGGGCAGCGAGGCGGGGCUGCGACAGGGCAGGGCAGGGCAGGGCCCGGGAGACCGCCGCCAGCGGCUCGGUUGGAGAUCGCGGGCGCAGGUCCGCUCGGCCCGGCCCGCCGGUGCGCCCCGCCCCUACACGCACAGCAGGCCCAGGCGGAGCGGCGCGUCGUCCCAACCCAGCCCGAGCGCCGCGGCAUCCGAGCAAGAGCCGGAGCCCGAGCGGGACCCGAGCUGGAGCCGAAGCUGGAGCCGACACUACGGCGCACGGAGCGGAGUGCGGCAGCCAAGCCGAUAGCACGAUACAACCGUACCAGCUACUUCUACCCUACCACGUUCUCCGAGAGCUCUGAGCACAGCCACCUGCUGGUGUCUCCAGUGCUGGUGGCAAGCGCUGUCAUAGGUGUGGUCAUCACACUCUCCUGCAUCACCAUCAUUGUGGGAAGCAUCAGGAGGGACAGACAGGCCCGGAUCCAGAGACACCACCAUCGUCACCGCCGCCACCAUCACCAUCACCGCCACCGCCGGCACCGACACCAGGAAUACGAACAGGGCCAAGCACCUGGCGGACACAUGCACAGCCACUCCAGCCACAGGAUGCCCUAUGCCUGUAGCCCUGCUGAAGACUGGCCUCCACCCUUGGACAUCAGCUCUGAUGGGGAUGUGGAUGUCACAGUGCUCAGGGAGCUGUACCCAGAUUCUCCACCAGGCUAUGAGGAGUGCGUGGGACCAGGGGCCACUCAGCUGUACGUCCCCACAGAUGCACCACCACCCUACUCGCUGACUGACUCCUGCCCUGUGCUGAAUGAUGCCCUGGACUCAGGCAGCAACCAUCGCCACAGCCAGCAUCACCAGGAGCAGAGGACCCAGGGCCAGAGUGGCCUGCACACUGUCUCCAUGGACACGCUGCCACCUUAUGAAGCUGUGUGUGGAGCAGGCUCCCCAUCUGACCUGCUGCCACUGCCAGAACCAGAACCCUGGCCAACUAACUCCCAGGGCUCACCCACCUCAACCCAGGCUCCAACUGCCAGCCCUGAGAGGAUUGUGUGAGUGACCCAGCGCAUAAGUCCCACUGGUCCUUCCAGGCUACCCUAUCUUCUCCAGGCACACAGGUACACAUACAACUCAUGCACAUACACAUAUAUGACUACACACAUACACUGGCAUACCCCAAGUGCACACACUGACAUAUACCACACAUAUAUAGACACCUGCAUAUACACAGGUCCCACUACCACAGAAACUAACGUGGGCAGG